AACACAUGUUAUUAUCACAAACUUGCCGAAGAUUGGCAAGGCAUCCUUUCAAUAGAUAUUUUACAUACUCAACUCGACUCUCUUAUGAAGACUACUAUCUUACGAGAGCAUUCAAUGAAACCAAUUUACUUCGACUUCAUCUAGCCAAAUCUAAGCACCUUAUUGGCGCACAUAGCUCACGCGGAACCAGGGCGGAAAACGAAGACCGUUUCAGAUUCGUUACCUUACAACUACCAGAAGGAGAUUGUUUACGUACAAUGAAAAAGGAUGCCAACAGGGCUUACUUUGGUAUCUUUGACGGACAUGGUGGACCCGUAGUAUCUGAUUGGCUUGCUGUAAAAUUACAAGAAAAAAUAGAAACAGUUUCUCUGGAUGAUCUACCUGAAAUAUUAUCAACUUUACGUGCUUAUCGUGGUUACUUUCGACGAUUUCCUAUUCCUGCUGUAUUACGGAAUGCUGUGGACGACUCUGGUGUACCUUUACCGACUGUGACAUCUCGCACUGAUCUUUCUGUGGAACAAAGAUUGACACUUGGAUUCCUUCAAGCUGAUACUGAAUGUCUUCAAAACCUACGAAACGAAAAGAAUGAUCCCCAUUUAGUUAAUGAAGGUUCAACGGGUAGUGUUGCUAUUUUAGAACCUCACGAUGACAAACCAUUUUGGGAAAGUGAAGCUUACGAUAUUAUCAUUGGUCAUGUUGGUGAUACUCGUAUUUUACUUUGUGAUUCUAAUUCAGGUGAAGCAGUGACAUUGACAAGCGGCGAUCAUCAUCCAGGCAACCCUAUUGAACAUGAACGGCUACGGAAAUAUGCUGGUUUUAUCACAACGGAUUCCUGGGGAGAUGACAGAAUAUUAGGUAUGUUAGCGACCAGUCGAGCUUUCGGAGAUGCUACACUCAAAAGAUAUGGCGUAUCGGCUGAACCAGAUGUUAUACGACAUACGAUCACCAAGGAUAAUCCGGCGGCAUUUAUGGUGCUUGUAACAGAUGGUAUCACGUCCAUCAUGUCUGAUCAGGAAAUCGUUGAUUUUAUCAAGGAAAAGAAGGAUCCAACAACGGCGGUUCAACGAUUAGUGGAUGCAGCUGAUCAACUUCAUUCCGAAGAUAAUGUCACGGCAGUAGUGGUCCGAUUGAAGGAUUGGGGAACAAGGAUGAAUGAUUAUACUCUAGAUUUACGGAAAUAUAGAUUAGCGAACUCAAGUAUGAGUAAUAGACAAUCUUGGUGAUAUCCUCAUGUUGUAUUUUUAGUUUUGUGAUAUGGUUGUUAUUUUCGAAAUAAUAAAGGUGAUGAUGUUUUUUUUUAUUUUGAUUGGAACCGAAAUAUUUUUUGACUCUGGACUGAAGUCUAUCAUUUGGUGGGGCUUUUAUUAAAAUGAUGU